AUGCUACUGUUGGCUUUUCUAUUGGCGCUAUCAGGACUCUGCCGUGGGGAGGGGAUCUUACCCGCCGGCCACUUGAGUGGUGGAGUGGGAGGCAAAGUGACGUUCAGAACCAGCCUCAGCCCUCCACAGAAGCCCUUCCUCACGGUGAGCUGGAGCUUCAAAGGGAUCAAAAUCAUCACCUCCACCAGCACCAACGUGACCGCGCCCGAGUACGCCAGACGCAUCUCCCUGGACCGCAGCACCGGGGCCCUGGAGCUCCGCAGCCUGGUGCCAGAUGACAGCGGGGAGUACUCGGUGACCAUCACACCGGACGGAGAGCAGCAGAACGAGGGCAGGAUAACACUCACGGUUUAUGAACUGGUCACAAAGGCAGUGAUCCACAGCCCUACUCUGGUCCUGAUAGAAGAUCAAACAUUCACCAACAUGAGCUGUGAGGCCUCGGGCUCCAUCGACACCAGAGUGUGGACCAAAGACGACCGGCCCCUCAGAGCGGACGGCCGAGUGAGCUUCUCUAUCAACAACAAAACCGUGUACAUCCAGCCGGUCCACAGCUCCAGUCACGGCAACUACAAAUGUCAAAUCAACAACCCAGUCAGCUCUGCCACGGCGGCGUACAACCUCACGGUCAACUAUGGACCCCAUAACGUGUCUAUCAUCGGGCCAUCGUCAGCCGCCCCGGGUCAGAGGGUGGAUCUGCGGUGCACUGCGGACUCCAUCCCCCCCGCCCUCUUCACCUGGACCUUUAACGGGAACGUCACACUGGUAAACAGCACCGAGUACGUCAUAGAGCGCCUGAGUCUGGACAGUACAGGGAACUACACGUGCUCUGCCUUCAACCCGGUCACCAUGUGGAAGAACUCCACCGUCCUGAGUCUGAGAGCCUGCUGCAGCGCCCCCUGCUGGUCACUUCCGCUGGUUCUGCUCGGUGCGUUGACCCUCAGACUCGGACACUUCUUCACCUCUGAGGUCAGCUUCUGUCUGUCUUAUUAUGCGGGCGCCUCUCCGCACCGGGCCCCUCUCACACCAGGCCCCCCUCCGAAGGCUCCAUCAGUACAAUAG